AUGCUCCGUCCCGGCUCAUCAGUCAGCUAUAAUAGGUAGGAGAAAAGAGAGAUUUAUGUGUGCUCCGCGAGCCCAUUUCAGCGCGAUGAGCCACGUUUCGAUCGACGCGCACCCGACGGAGCCGGCCGUGGUGGUCCGCAUCGAGCAAUCGACCGGUAAGUACCGUUUUUGUGCCUUUUUGCAGAAAAAUCAGAGUUUAAGACAAAGAGACAAAGUUGAAGAGCAUUAAAUUUACUAUAAAAUGAGUAUAAUCAUCAUAUGCUUUGGAGCAAAAACAUUUUUGGGCUCAAAAUUGGGUCUAAAUAUUUUUGCUCAGAAUCAUGGCAUGUUAUAUGCGAUUAGAUGGAAAAUUUCACGCUGAUCAAUAUUGUCUCUUAACGUUUUUGCCCAAAUUUCCUGGUUUUCGAGUUAGAAGCCCAUUUUCAAAAAGACUAAUAAAAAGUCGAUAAUUUGCAGGUUCGUCAUCGCCAAAUCCUCUUCGGAAACGGGCCUCUCCUGCGAAUAUUCGAGAAACGAGUGCCAGCCAGAAAAUGUUUGAAAAAAUUUGCAUUUUCCAAUGGAAACCGAUUCAUUUUCAGUAUAAAUCUGAAAGAACUGAGCCCGGACACGGACAUCAAGGCCCUGGCCGCAGUAAUCCUUCAAAAGUGCGCCUACAUUCCGGCGACUUCGAAAAAUCAACUGGAACAAGUGUUGUACUAUCUGCAAAAGCGGGGAAAUCAACGGAUCAGCAGCGCCCGAUCGAGUAAGGCGUUCAACUUUGAGGGACCGUAUCUCGUUGAAGUCUCAAGAUUUUCUCAUGGCUCGGCGAUCAAUCGAUAGAAAUUUCUGUGCUCUGCAACUUUGUAGUUGACCAUUUUUUGCGAUAAUGCGUGGCCGUUGAGAUAUUCGCUGUUUAGAAAGAAAACCGUGUAUAUCUCAACACCUACGCAUAAUCGCAAAAAACGGUCAACUACAAAGUUGUAGAGCACAAAAUUUUCUAUUGAUUGGUUUUUGAACCGUCAGAAAAUCUUGAAAACUAACCGAGAUACGGCCUCUCAAAGUCGGGCCAAAAAUGUUGAAUGUGGCCGUGGCCUAGAAUCCGACAAGUCCACCGUAAUCGCUUGUGUUUAGGAAGCUCAUCAGCCGUUUCUUUCGACCGUAGACCCCUUACAAGUACCGUCCAAAAUGUCGACAUUUCAAAAGUUGAUGUAAGUUUUUUUUUUUUUACUAGGUCACCCACUUUUUUUUCCCCAUUUCAGGAGUACAUGGAAUGCUUUUACGGCGAAACGUCGGCGGAGAAAAACAAAGGAGCCGUGGCACUGUGUGAGCUCUCGAAAUGCGCUCAAAACUUGAACCAACUGGCGACGAAUGGUUUGUAACCGAAAAAAAUCAAAACUCUGCUUUUUCCCUUUCAGAAACGCUAAUGAUGGCGCUGGCGCGUGUUUUUCGUGAGGACUGGAAAAAGCACUUCGAGGUGGCCACGAAUAUUAUGAACGUCUUUGUGAACCUGUCGAGAUUUACGAAAUUUCACGAGAUUUUGCUUCAUCACAAGGUAGAAUUGAUGAUAAGUCGAAAAAUAGAGCAGAAAGAGGUGUGCGUCAAGAGAAAAAGUUGCUCGGUGUGAAAUUUGAAAUUUUUACACUCAUUUUGUAGCAUUUUUCCGUGUCAUUUUUCCGUAUCUCUUCAGAUUGGUUCGCUGUGCGUGAACGCGAUGGAGCACGAGACAAAACGCUACGAUUUGUGGGCGAACGAGAUGAAAAAGGCGGACCAGGAGACGCAGAGAAAGCUGAAAACCGCGAUAAGGAAGCAAGGAAUGUUAUUGGCAGGUAUUACAAAAACGUUUUGUUUUAAAUUUGGUCCCAAACUGUUCAGCGUGCAUAACUCUUCUCACAAACCUCGCCACUGACAUUAGUGUCGAGCUGAAAAUGGUGCGAAGGAAUUUGACGGUCCUGCUUGUCAAGUAAGCCAUAAAAUGCUAUAAAUUUAGCCGAAACGGUCCGCUUCCAGAUGCCUCCAAAUGUCGCUGAACCCCGCGAGUUCGCUCACUUUGGCCACCGUUCGUUUUCUGCUCAAAUUGAGCAUUUUCGAAGAGAAUAAGGCGGUUAUGGAGCAGAAUGGGACCGUCGAAAAAGUGCUCAAACUAUUUCCGAUCCAAGAUCCGGAACUCCGCAAAGUGGCCAUCAAACUGUUGUUCAACUUUUCGUUCGACCCGAAAAACGUGCCGAAAAUGGUGGACGGCGGACUCGUUCCGCACAUGGCCUCACUGAUCGAAGAGGACCAGAAAGCGCUGAACAUGUUGUACUUGUUGAGCUGUAACGACGACGCGAAAGCGAUGUUGGCCUACACGGACGCUAUUCAGUUGGUAGGGAACUGUUAGGAAAACGUUGAGCGCUAAUAUCAAACAACUUUGAAUGGAUAGUGUAGAGUUUUGAGAUGUUCUAUGGCUUUGGAAAGUGUUUAAGUGAAAAGUUGAUGUCCGGUGGAACACUUUUAUAGUUGAUCACUUUUUUGUACGCUCAUUCCUAGGACUACUGGAGCUCUUGAAAGUUGAAGCUCUUUCAGCGCUCCUCAGAUGGUCCUUAAACUUGCCAAAGCUACAGUAGCCGUGAGAGUGGUUGUACGAAAAAGUUGUCAACUAUGAAGUUAAAGAGCAUGGUUAGAACUAUAAUUUUGCAUUUGACAACUUUUUCGUACGCGCAUGCACAAGAGUACUGUGGCUCCUGGAAGUUGGAGAACAAUAUCUUUUUGUAGCUCAUGCGAGACUUGCUGAGCGGAACGGGAAGCCAGGUGACGAAAGCGGUCCUUCUCAACAUUUGUCUCGAAAAACGCAAUGCUCAGUUGGUGUGCGGUCCGUCCGGACAGGGCCUGGACUUGCUCAUGGAGCUCUCGACGGCCUCGAAGGACCUGAUGCUGAUCAAGGUGAUCCGCGCGAUCUCCACCCACGAGGGAGCCACUCAGAACAUGUUUUUGGUAGGAUCCACGAGAUAUUACAUGAUUUUAUAGUGGAAAUUGGUUUAGAAAUGGAUGGAGAAUCUGUUGGACAUUGCGAUGACGGACGGUACGGACACUUCAGAGUCCAAAUCGUCGUUCGGAUUGGAAUGCAUGGGCACCGUCGCCGAAUUGAAGCCGGCGCCGUGGGCAAAGUGAUAAUAAUCCGAUUCUGCGCGUAACUUUUCAAAUAUAUUGUAGAAUAAUGCAGUCGAAAGGUCUGGUGUCCUGGAUGAAGACGGUCCUUCACGAGGGCAUCGACGAGUCCGAAGAGAUUACGGUACUUCGGGAGAUCAAACCGCUUCAACUGCAAAUUGUGAUCGCCUGCGGGACUAUGGCAAGACAAUUGGACGCGGCGAGGCUCCUGGUCCCGCUGAUCGACACUUUUGUGCAUCUUUUGCAGUGUGAGUUGAAUGAACAACUUUGUAUGAGUAUUGUAGCGUUCAGAGAAGCGAUGUUGUUCUCAAAAUUGUUUUCUAAACUCUUGACAUCUGGUACUUUGUUUUUGUAGUUGAUCACGUUCUUGUACGAGCACUAUCCGGGUUACUGUAGCUCUUGGAAGUUUAGGUUGCAAAAACCAAAACUAUUCAAACUUUCAAGAGCUACAGUAGGCUUAGGAAUGGUUGUACCAAAAGGUUAUCAACGACAAAUAUGUAGAUCCGAGUGUGUACUUCAUUUUUGCAGUUGAAAACUUUUUUGUAAAAUUACUCCUAAGACUACUAUAGCUCUUGAAAGUUGGGGCCCCUGAGCAUAUCUCGAAACUCUACAAUAUCCGUUUUCAGCCUCGCAGAUCGAUGACGAGUUCGUCGUGCAACUUCUCUACGUCUUCCUUCAACUUUUGAAGCACAAGGUAAGUGAGGAUAGGAUUACGGUAGCCGUCCAACCUACAGUAAUCCCUUCAGGAACUGUCCGCCCGGCUGAUGACCCAGGAUUCGACGCUGGCGCACCACAUGAUCGAUUUGAUGCACGACGCGAAUUCGGCGGUCCGAGAAGUGUGCGAUAACGCCCUUUUGAUAAUGGGCGAACAUUCGAAAGAAUGGGCGAAACGCAUCGCCGGCGAGCGCUUCAAAUGGCACAACGCACAGUGGUUGGAGAUGGUCGAGGCAAGUGCGCUCCACUGAGAAUUCGAACAUUUUCGAGUUUCAGCGAGACGAUCAAGAGUUUGUGCAGCAGUAUGAUGACGAGGACUUUGGCGCAGACCUGAAUUUCGAUCACUAUGAGGAUGGGUUCGAUAUGAACGAGCCGUUGUUUUGA